CUCAUUCUGUGACUCUCUGCACGAUUUAAGGGAGUGGAUUGACGUAGACGAAACCACACUUCCCACCUCAAAAUGGCUUCUGUAAGAAAGGAAAACCUGAGCAAAGCAGAGACAAUCAAAUAGGCGUGCAAUGCAGCUGUGCACAGCACACCCACUGCUCAUUCUCACACUCGCUCACUCACCCUGCUGACUGCCAGCACCCAGGACGACACACACCCUUCUGACCCAGGAGAGAACAAAAAAAUGCCUUUGUGUUGAUCGGCUCCCAACCUGGAUCUAUCUCACUGUUCGUCGCUCUGCAGGCACAAGCAUUUGAAGGGCUCGUGGAAGAGGUUCUUUUUUAAAAAGGAAACUCAUUCUUAGAACGAGAUAAAAGCCCAAAGGGCAGUCGAGGAUUGACUGACCAAAGCCCCAGAGUCAUAAUUGGCAAAAAGUGUUCUGGGGGAAGAGAAUAAAGCCAUUAUCAGAAGCAGGUGCUGGUCACGGUAUAAACAAGGUACCAGGGGCCAGUGUCCUCAGGAUUCACAGUGACACAGAAAAGAGCAUCAGGAACCCAACAGAAAUCAUCUUGGUCAUUCCGACACCUUUCAACAGGAGGAUAAGAUCAAAGUGGCCUUGACAAAUCAUUUGGUUAAACAUAAGAAAAAAACAACAGUCCAGAAUAAUGACCUCUGAUUCCUCCAAUACCUCAGUCGCUCCGUGCGUAAUUAACAACCAGAUGGAAGCCUUCACUUACUUCUAUUACCUGAUCUUUCUGAUCGGCAUCAUUGGGAGCUUCGUAGCACUUUGGGCAUUCAUCAGCCAAAGGAAGUCCAGGAAGAGUCUCAACAUCUUCCUGCUCAACCUACUAACGGCAGACUUCCUCCUCACCUUAGCUCUGCCUUUCAAAAUAGCUGUGGAUCUGGGCAUUGCUCCCUGGAGUUUGAAGAUCUUCCACUGCCAAUUCACAGCCUGCCUCAUCUACAUCAAUAUGUAUUCCUCCAUUAUAUUCCUGGGUUUCGUUAGCAUGGACCGCUACAUACAGUUGUCGGGCAGCUUAAGAUUCCAACGCAUUCAGGAGCCCGGGUUUGCCAAAAUGAUCUCUGUGGCCAUAUGGUGUGUGGUUCUGUUCCUGAUGGUCCCCAAUAUGGUAAUCCCCACCAAAACCAUUGACCAAAAGCCCCUCCUGGGGUGCGCUGAGAUCAAGACGACAUUGGGUCUGCACUGGCAUGUUCUCACCAACUUCAUCUGCAUGGCCAUAUUCAUGAACGCAUCGGUGAUGAUCUUAACCUCAAACUUUCUGUUGGUGAAAAAACUCUACGCAAACAAGGGCCCGGAAGUUCAGAGAGACGUCAGGCAAAGCCUGAGGCACAUUUUCAUACUGACUGCAAUGUACAUCAUCUGCUUUGUUCCGUAUCAUAUAGUUCGAACCCCUUACACGCUCAGCCAGUACAAGCCAGUCAAAAACUGCGCUCUCCAGCGAUCCCUCUUCCUGGCAAAGGAAUCCACCCUGCUCUUAGCCGUCCUCAAUCUGUGCUUUGACCCCAUUCUUUACUUCUACCUCUGUAAAUCAUUCCGAUCGAAAAUUACAGAAACGUUUGGGUCAUCGAAAGCCACCAGAAGCCAGAAGAAAAUCGCAGUUGAAGAGGGAUCAAGCCCAACUUAACAGUGUACAAUUAGGAAGGAUACCUGCUUGCACAUUGUUCAAACAAUAUAGCAGGUAUCUGGAAAGCUUUGCAACUAAGACUCUAUUUAUUAGUAAUGUCGCCUUGUGUUUCCAACUGAAGCUACUGAUUCACUAGAAAUGGUUUACAUUGCAUACACUGCCAAUAAAAUAUUAACAUGUACUCAACCAUUCCUGUACCUGGUAUGAUAAACAUUAAACUCAAUAAACAGAGCCCAGACUAUGCUGGUUCCAGGCACAUGGACAAGCUUAAACUAAUAUAAGAGCUACUGUUCUUCAGGAUCAAUUUCACAAAACCAGAAAAGUUUCUUUACACAGAGAGGAAUCAACAGCUGGAAUGGGGCUACCAGGAAGGGCGGUUGAGGGCAAGACACUGGGAUUUAUUUAAGAAACAGCUCGAUGCCUGGAAUGGGAUGAUGGAAGGGUAUUCUGGAAUCAUGACUAAAGGGCCUUCUUCAUCUGAACUGAUCUUUUGUUCUAUUCUUGUAAAAGUGCUGCAUGGUUUUGAAAGCAUUUUGCUGUCCAUUAAUGUGCCAUGUACGUGAAUGUCUUUUUAAUUUAUUCCAUUGCUCAGUGCUGCCUGGCAAUGUUAGAUAUUUGUAAUCAAACUGCAUUGAUAAAGAGUUGUGAGUUUACGACAAAUUACACUAUGGUCAAACCACAACAACAACAAGGCACAUAUCGGGAGAACGUCCCAUGGCACUGCCUUGAUGGAAGGAGUAUUCUGGAAUGAUGACCGAUUACACUAUGGUCAGGCCACAACAACAACAACUUGCAUUUAUAUAGCGCUCCUCAUCUAGUCAGCCAUCACAUUCUGGUUGGGAGCUUGGAACCAAAAAACAGAUAGUGGCCAAACAUCACACACAUACACAUCUGAUAACUGGUCAGUCUUCUGGUGAUUAAUACAUGCGAUUUGCAGAUCGACUAAUGAGUGAUACUGGAUUGAGGUUCAUCUCAUGCAAUUCAUUUUGUUAUUCAAGGCAGGAACAAUGAAAAUAGUUCCAGUUAUUACUGGUUAGUUUAUACAGUGCAGCUCUGUAAUAAACCGUCAAACCCAAACCACUGUUCUUGCACAAUAUUAAAACCAAUGUAAUGGAUGAAUCCUCAGAGUUUGACAGGCCUAAAGAAAUGCCUGCCUAAACAGAUUGCAUCUGAAAAUAUCUGUGUAUUUUAUGUGUAUAUUUAUCUGCAUAUUUUGUAACCAGUCCACUAUGCAUGGACAUUAGAAAUGCAACAAUAAAGGGACAGUAGAUUAACUACUGAAAUUUAACCCUGAACCACUGAAAUACAGAAAUAGAGUUUUUAAUUAAACAUUU